AUGAUCGAAGAUAAGAUGAUCGUCGGUGCUGCUUCUGCCUGUUCACUGCUUGCCAUUGGCGCAUGUCUUGCCGUUUUGCCAUCACUCUACUAUGAGAUCAACGAAGUUCAUGACCAGGUUCUUGACUCAGUCGCAAUGUUUCGUCUUGAAACGGAUUCGGCAUGGAUCGACAUGAUGGACAUUCAAAUCGCCGUCAGCCCGCCAUCAAAGCCCCGACAAAACCCAUUCAACUCGAUCUUCCGUCAGAAAAGACAAAACUUCCGUGGGCUACCACCAUGGUGUGUAUGCGAACCGCGUCCACCACGCUGCCCUCCGGGACCUCCAGGACCACCUGGACGUCCGGGACCACGGGGAAUUCCGGGAAAUCCUGGCCCACCCGGACGCGAUAAUACACAUGUUUACGCUCCCAUCACAUGCCCACCGAUCCAAGCAGGAUGUGUCAAAUGCCCUCCAGGCCCUCGUGGACCACCCGGACUCAAUGGACCAAUGGGACGCCCAGGACCAAUGGGACGACCCGGCAUGCAGGGACUACGUGGC